AUGCCACCAGGGCGCUUGGCAGUCAAGCAUGUCUCUGAAGAUUCCUUUGGAGCAGAGCAUGGUGUUUCUGAAGGAGAUGUCCUGCUUCGAGUAGGCAAAGAUGAACUAGUGAGCCUGGAUGAUUUGAGUGCCGAUGGCUUCAAAGGCUUUCUGAAGGAUCGACCGCUGCGAUUGGAGUUUCAAUCUUCUGCAACAUCAGAUCAAACUGGGACUUCGCAGCUGGAACCAAAAUUGGAACUGCCAGAACAUGAACAGAAAGCAUUGGCAAGUGAAGACGCGAUCAAAAACGAGCCCCAAGGAAGGGUUUUUGAGAUAGUUGCAGAUGAUUCUGUUGGCAAGUUGGGCAUUUCCUUCAAUGGCAUGCCACCAGGGCGCUUGGCAGUCAAGCAUGUCUCUGAAGAUUCCUUUGGAGCAGAGCAUGGUGUUUCUGAAGGAGAUGUCCUGCUUCGAGUAGGCAAAGAUGAACUAGUGAGCCUGGAUGAUUUGAGUGCCGAUGGCUUCAAAGGCUUUCUGAAGGAUCGACCGCUGCGAUUGGAGUUUCAAUCUUCCAAUGCUGGUGAUAUUUCAACGGAAGCAAAAGGCCAGUCAAAGGUUGUUCCAACAGAAGCUACAACACCUCCAGCAGAAGCCAGUUUGAUGGCAGAGGCAGCUGGCAAAGACACUGCGACUACACCUGAAGAUAUGCAAUCCUUUGCGGCAACAAAAGCAGGCGCUGAACAUACUGACGCAACAGGCCAGUCAGAGGUUGUUCCAACAGAAGCUACAACACCUCUAGCAGAAGCCAGUUUGAUGGCAGAGGCAGCUGGCAAAGACACUGCAACUACACCUGAAGAUAUGCAAUCCUCUGCGGCAACAAAAGCAGGCGCUGAACAUACUGAUGCAACAGGCCAGUCAGAGGUUGUUCCAACAGAACCUACGUCUCCAGCAGAAGCCAGUUUGAUGGCAGAGGCAGCUCGCAAAGACGCUGAGACUACACCUGAAGAUAUGCAAUCCUCUGCAGCAACAAAAGCAGGCGCUGAACAUACUGACGCAAUAAGCCAGUCAGAGGUUGUUCCAACAGAAGCUACAACACCUCCAGCAGAAGCCAGUUUGAUGGCAGAGGCAGCUGGCAAAGACACUGGGACUACACCUGAGGAUGUGCAAGGUUCUGCAGCAACACAAGCAGGCGCUGAACAUACUUACGCAGCAGGCCAGUCAGAGGUUGUUCCAACAGAAGCUACAACACCUCCAGCAGAAGCCAGUUUGAUGGCAGAGGCAGCUGGCAAAGACACUGCGACUACACCUGAAGAUAUGCAAUCCUUUGCGGCAACAAAAGCAGGCGCUCAACAUACUGAUGCAACAGGCCAGUCAGAGGUUGUUCCAACAGAACCAGAAGCCAGUUUGAUGGCAGAGGCAGCUGGCAAAGACACUGGGACUAAAGCUGAGGAUGUGCAAUCCUCUGCAGCAACAAAAGCAGGCACUGAACAUACUGACGCAACAGGCCAGUCAGAGGUUGUUCCAACAGAAGCUACAACACCUCCAGCAGAAGCCAGUUUGAUGGCAGAGGCAGCUGGCAAAGACACUGCGACUACACCUGAAGAUAUGCAAUCCUUUGCGGCAACAAAAGCAACUGAUGCAACAGGCCAGUCAGAGGUUGUUCCAACAGAAGCUACAACACCUCCAGCAGAAGCCAGUUUGAUGGCAGAGGCAGCUGGCAAAGACACUGGGACUACACCUGAGGAUGUGCAAUCCUUUGCAGCAACAAAAGCAGGCGCUGAACAUACUGACGCAACAGGCCAAUCAGAGGUUGUUCCAACAGAAGCUACAACACCUCCAGCAGAAGCCACUUUGAUGGCAGAGGCAGCUGGCAAAGACACUGGGACUACACCUGAGGAUGUGCAAUCCUUUGUAGCAACAAACGCAGGCGCUGAACAUACUGACGCAACAGGCCAGUCAGAGGUUGUUCCAACAGAACCUACGUCUCCAGCAGAAGCCACUUUGAUGGCAGAGGCAGCUCGCAAAGACACUGAGACUACACCUGAAGAUAUGCAAUCCUCUGCAGCAACAAAAGCAGGCAUUGAACAUACUGACGCAACAGGCCAAUCAGAGGUUGUUCCAACAGAAGCUACAACACCUCCAGCAGAAGCCAGUUUGAUGGCAGAGGCAGCUGGCAAAGACACUGCGACUACACCUGAAGAUAUGCAAUCCUCUGCAGCGACAAAAGCAGGUGCUGAACAUACUGAUGCAGCAGGCCAGUCAGAGGUUGUUCCAACCGAAGCUACAACACCUCCAGCAGAAGCCAGUUUGAUGGCAGAGGCAGCUGGCAAAGACACUGGGACUACACCUGAGGAUGUGCAAUCCUCUGCAGCGACAAAAGCAGGUGCUGAACAUACUGAUGCAGCAGGCCAGUCAGAGGUUGUUCCAACCGAAGCUACAACACGUCCAGCAGAAGCCAGUUUGAUGGCAGAGGCAGCUGGCAAAGACACUGGGACUACACCUGAGGAUGUGCAAUCCUUUGUAGCAACAAACGCAGGCGCUGAACAUACUGACGCAACAGGCCAGUCAGAGGUUGUUCCAACAGAACCUACACCUCCAGCAGAAGACAAUUUUUUGGGAUACCCAUUAGGACAAGGUCUGGUGGAGGAUGCAGAGAGGACCAUUAAAAAGCUUCGCAAACAACUUGAAGAGGCGCAACAAGUUGCUGCAGAAGCAUCUGCCGCUUUGAAGAUGUCACAGGCCUCGUCAGCUACCUCUACAAACUCAUCUCAGCUGCACGCCCAACUCGCAGAGGCACUCAGCGAUAGAGAGCGUUUGAAUGAUGAGCUGGGCACAGAGCAGAGGCUCAGGAAGCGGGCUGUUGAUGAAUUGGAGAAGAAGAAUGCAGUACCACUUCCAGCAGUGUACGGGCAGGUGAAGCAACUGCAACGUGAGCUGAACAUGUCAGAACUGGCUUUGCGCGGCCUUCAGCGGCGAAACGUGGAGAAGGAGACACCAGCACCUUCGGCAGAGUCCAGGCUUCUGCGAACGGAAUACAAGGCCGAGAUAGCUGCAGCAAAGCGCUAUCGCGCAGCAGCAAGACAGCCACCAGCACCACCUGAGCCCACCAGUUUGCAGAGGGCAGAGGCUGCUGCAGCACGUGGUAUGCGCAGAAUGAAGAGUGCAGGGAGGGAUGGGAGGAGCGAGAUGAAGGAGGUGAAAAACGAACGCGUCACUUCGUUACCAAGGUCAAG